UGCGUGACAGCGCUGUCCAACAUCGGCCUGGGGUCCCUUUGCUGCAUUGGCCGUUUCUUUUCAUUGUUAAAAAGCCCCUCGCCUGCCGCCUCGCUCGCCGAUUCUCACCGACUCGUGUCUGGUCUGGGGCUGGGCUCCUUCGACGAUCGACGACGCUCGCCAGAAUCGGCGCAUCCUCCAUAAUCAACACCUCACCUACACGCCCUACAAGCCGUCACCAUGUCCUCAUCAGGCCUGACGCGACGCCGUGGAGCUGGCGGUGCCGCUGGUACUGAGGGCGAGAGCAGCAACGGCGUCUCGAGGACCAAUUCGACCCGCGACGCUCGAGACAGCGGCCCCGAGACAAGCUACGAGAGCGGCGAAAACGGCCACAAGAUUGCCUUUGACCCUCGAGACAUCAGCGAGUCGGCCGAGCGAAGCAAGCAGCCCAAGCUGACCAUGAUGGAGGAGGUGCUGCUGCUUGGCCUCAAGGACAAACAGGGGUACCUCUCGUUCUGGAACGACAACAUCUCGUACGCGCUCCGAGGAUGCAUCGUGCUGGAACUCGCCUUCCGCGGGCGCAUCAGCAUGGAGAAGGACCCGGCGCGGCGACGGUUCCCCCUGGCAGACCGAAACAUUGAAGUGAUAGAUGAUACCCUCACCGGCGAGGUGCUCCUCGACGAGGCUCUCAAGAUGAUGAAACAGAGCGAAAAGAUGAGCGUCAGCUCCUGGAUUGACCUGAUGAGCGGCGAAACUUGGAACUUGAUGAAGAUAGGAUACCAGCUCAAGCAGGUCCGCGAACGAUUGGCCAAGGGCCUGGUCGACAAGGGCAUCCUACGGACGGAGAAGCGUAACUUCCUUCUCUUCGACAUGGCCACCCACCCCGUUGCCGACGGCGGAGCCAAGGAGGAAAUCCGCCGCCGCGUGCGCAACGUCCUGACCCAGCGCACCGUCGUCCUCAACGGGAGCCAGUUCCUGCCCGAGAACCUCGAGUUCCGCUACCUGCGCACCGUGGCCAUGGUGUGUGCCGCGUACGCCGCCAACGUGUUGGAGAAUGCGCUGUCUACGCUGGGCCACGAGGCUAGGGAGCGAGCGUUUGCGCAGACGGACGAGCUGCUGGCGGAUUACAGCCAGUACCCCUUUGGCAAGAAGGCCACGGGCAAUGGCAUCGGAGCCAACCUACCGCAGGUCAUAGCCGAGGAGGUGAACAAGGCCAAGGAUAAAGAACUGCAGCUCGAAAUCGUGGCUGCCUGCCUCAGCGUCUUCACCAGACUCGACUCUCUCCUAUAAACCCCGACUAGCUCUGAACGAACCGACCACUAUACCACUUCCUAAUUCGAUUAUAAUGAUGACAGAAUACAAAAAGGCCAAAAUCGAUUACCCUUUCUUCCAUGCAUAAAACUUCUCUCUAAGAUAGUCUCACAGCAAGACCUCUUUUUCAUCCCCCCCUCUUCCAUCGUCUCUUGAAAGAAAUCUAAAACCAGUACCAACUAUAAAAAAAAUUAUCGAAAAUCUUCGCCUUCUUUGUCACUUUAUCUUGGGAAAGGGGGAGUGGGGAAACAGGCGGGGGGUUUUAUUUUAUCUUUUCUUUAAUUUUUCACUGCUGUCGGGAGAGGUUAACGGCUGAAAUGAAAUACGACCGCACAAAGAAGGACGAAAGAAAGAGUUGAAAGGGUAUAUGAGAAGGGAAAGGGAACAAAAGGGAAGUUAACGGCGGGGAAAGAGAGGAAAAAAGAGAGAGAGAUCAAGAAGCGAGCCCUUGCCUAAAUGGGAAGUCUUUUUUUUUUACUAAUUUUAUUUUGCCUUCUUUUCUUGUUUUUACUUGCUCUGAGAUGUUGCUGCUUUGUCAGAUCCCAGGGGAGCGGUGGAAGGGGGAGAUGUUGGAGGAGGAGACUUGGAGAAUGAGAUGUGUCUGUAUGUACCUAUGCUUUGCGUAUGAUUUUUUGUAAUGGUGAUUUGGGAAGAACGC